UAAGGGGAAAAGAUAAACCUCCUACAUUUCCCAGAGGCCUCCUGUGCUCCACAGUUCUCGCGGGAAUGUCUCCCGCUCAGUCCUAGCGCCUUCGGCGUUGCGGACGGCGCGGCGGUUGAAUUUGGGCCGCUGUGGGAAGGAGGCGGUGAUGGAUGAGUGUGCUGGAGCCGUUUUGGCCGCCGCCGCCGCUUCGCCUCCUCUUUCCCAGAUAGAGUUGUCGUUGUCCCCGCUCAUCCGGAAGCUCCGUCAUCAGCUGGCUGAAAUUAGAGAAAGAGCUCUGAAGAACAUUUUGUGUAAACUAGAACAUAAUUUGAUUACAUAUGUUGAUUUGGUGCAAGAAAAGCUGCUAUUUCUCAAUCUUUUAGAGUGGUUCAACUUUCCUGUGGUACCAAUGAAAGAAGAAGUUCUCAGUUUAGUGAGCAACUUGGUAAAGCACCCAUCUGCUGUAGAGCAUUUGAUUGGGAUUGGGGCAGUGGAAUUUUUCUCUCAACUGCGUCCAAAUGUUGAUCCAAAUCUGCAAGCUGUGAUUGAUGGGAUUCUGGAUGGGUUGUUUAUGCUACCUUCAGAAAUCUCUUCUGACUAUCAAGCAGUAUCUGAUGAAGCCCAGAUCUUCUCAGUGAAGGGUGAUGCUGCUUGUGUUGGAUACUUUCACCAAGGGAAAAAUCUACAAGAAACAGGAAGACCACCAAAGCAAGAAGCCGUCAAACAUGGAGUAAAGUGCUUGAGGUUUUCUACAUUCCCUUGGUUGUCUUUGACCACAACAGAUAGACAUGUUCUGUCAUCAAGCGAAAGCUCACUGAGAAGCAAAAAUCCCAAAUUAAUUUGGAAUACCUGUGAGCUUCUACAAGAUGUUAUUAUGCAAGACUUUCCUGCUGAGAUCUUUCUUCAGAGACCAAAGAUUGUUCAGAGUCUUCUGUCUCUAACAACCUUGGCUCUUGGGAAAGAUGGACAAUACAAUUUGGCCUUGCAAGCCAUCUCAUGCCUGCAGCAGUUGUGUGUCUUGUUACAGAACAGACUUAACUUCCACAGAGAUCCAAGUUUUGUUUCAAGUGAAACAGGUACUGUUUCCCAGAAUUCCUCAGUGUCAUAUUGUCAAGAUGCUAGAAGACAUUCUCAUUCCCAGAAUCCAUCCCCUGGCAGUAGUAGCCCUCGACCAUCCGUAAUAGGACGCACUGGCCAGCGUCCUAGAGGUGAUGGUCAAGAUUGGGAUGCAGCAACAUCCAGUGGAAGCAGUUCUCAUGCUAAUGCAAAUUCCAGAAUAUCAGUCCCAUCGCCUAUGAAUAUGGGUCAUAUUGACUUACCAGAACUGGAAAAUGAAGAUACUUUGGAUUUACAGUUCCAGCAGCUUAGUCUGCCUCAGUUCUGUGUAGCUGUUUUGGAAUAUGCUGUGCCUCUUCUAAGAACAGGCAGCAGGAGAGUGACCAUGCAAGUCCUGGAAUUGCUUGCUGAAGAUCUUCUGCUCAUCGUUGAUUCUGUAUCUGAAGAUGUUUGGGAAGACAGCACUCUCUUUGCUCUAGAACUUAAAGAAAAACUGCUUGGAGUCCUAGAUAUAUUAGGUGAAACAAUUUCAUACCACAGAAGUAAUACAGGUUCAGAGCAGUCUACACUCAUAAUAGUGCACCACAGAAUGGCCUUUCUUAGUGUUUCACUUUUUACAGUUCGACUACUACAAAUUCUUCUUCCUGUAGAAAAGGCUAGUAACAUUUUGCCAGAGAGCUUACUGAUUGCCCUAUUUGAACUUUCUGUGGACAUGCCUUUCUCCUUGGAAUAUCCAAAUAUUCAUGAAUCUGUCAUAGCUUAUUUGGAGCAGAUGAAUUCAGAAAGCUACAAUAUUUAUAAACAAGCUGCAGAAAUUGCCUAUUCAAUUGAGUGCACCUGUAAUUUUAUGAUGGAUGUUCGCAAGGAGGGGGAAAAGAGUUUUGUUGAUUUAUUGGAGCUAGCAGAGCAGGCAUUAAAAAGUCUUCCAUAUCAUCAGUACUUUGCUCUACUUCAGGAGUUAAUCAAUCUUUGCUCAGAUAUCUGGAAGUCUGCCCAUGCUAGCCCAUUGCUGCAGGCUGAGAGUCAGAAGGUGCUUCUCCAUCUGUUGUCCCAUCCGCUGUCAAAUGUAAGAACUGAAGCCUACCGCUGCUGCCUCAAAACUAUUAAGGAAUGCUUAGGAAUUCAUAAUAUCACUGCACCCGUUUCUUCAGCCAGCCACAGAGUCCAUUUCUUGCUUCAUUCCAAAGUUCUCUAUGAAAUCUGUAGUUUUGGUCUUCAGGACUCCCAGCAUGAGGUAUGCUCGUCUGCCACAUUUAUACUGAUGUAUCUUCUUCAGGGCCGAUUAAUGAUGGCAGCAGUGACCUGGAACAAGCUCCUUGAGGCCCUCUAUCCUGUUGUUCCAGUCCUUCAGGGUUAUGCAGACACAGAAGAACCUCUUGGGAAUUGUAUCCUCACACUAAGUGAAACAACUGCAGAAAAAGAAGGGAUUCUUCCAAGAACAACUAGACUUAGGGCUGCCUUGCGUCUUCUAUUCUCAAAAAAGCCAUUAGUCCGUUCCAUGGCACUCAAACACUUAAUGUUUCAUCUUACGGUUGAUGAAGAGGUGAGCCUGAAGCGUCCACUGCUGCAGGGCAGUGUCCUUUCCAGCAUUCCUAACUUAUUAAUUGUGGAAAAGCCUAUUGAACUCAAGCUAAGUGAUGCAAGAGAGUCAGUUUUUAAGGCUGAGACAGUUGAAAAACUGUAUGAUAUUUUUAUCUCAGACACCAUUGAUCUAGUCUUGAGGAAGUCUGCAGCUGAGCAAUUAGUUGUAAUUAUGCAAGAUUCUAAAAUGCAUGACAUUAUAAAAAAGAGGGGUGUGAUAGACAGAAUACUUGCUUACUUUGCUGAAUUUGUUGACCGGGAUGGUGAGAUCAUGGAUUGUAUGAUGUUGCCAUGUCUUACCCUUCUACGUAAAAUUGUAUAUGCAGAUCCUGUUAAACGUCUGUCUCUAGCUAACCAACCUUGUGUCUUGCUUUCGUUAUUUAGAGUUUCCUUGAUAUUCCAAGAUCAUGGUGCCAUCCUGAGUGAAGCAGCAGCCUUACUUUGUCUACUACUGUUUGAUGAAGCAGCAAGAAGAGAGAUGUGGGCUGAUACUGUUUCCUGUGAUUCACAUAAUGUUCCUCCCUUUAGCUUGCCUGUUGCUAUUGUGAGACGGUAUCAUCUACCUGUCAGAAUUUCUGCUCAUCAUGCUGUGAGCCCUAACUCAGUGGUGUUACCAUUUCCCUGUGAGGUGUGGGCUUCUAAACCUGUGUCAGGCAUGCUUAAAUUGGCUUGGAACUUAUCUUGGUUCAGUGGAAGUGAUAACUUACUGAAACUCACAAAUUAUGAGGCAGAAACGGAAAAAUUUUUAGACACAUUAAAGCUCUCCUCAGAGGAUCUUAUUACACUGAGGAUAACACGUGCAACCAGUGGAAUGCAAGACUCUCUUAAUUCCAUCAUUCAAGCUGUUUCCCACAGGGAAGUAAGAGAUGCUGUCACAAGAAUGAAUUUUUAUGUUCUGAAUGACAGGCUGGCAUUCACGUGCAGCAGUGGCCCUUGUGGGGCCGCUUUGAAGUGCUUGGCUUGGCAAACAGCAUUAAGCAGGUUUCUUCAGGUGCUUCCAGCUUCCUCUGAGGAUGAAAAACUUCUGGCUGAUGUCAUAUGUUUUUUAAACAAGCUUCUCAAGGAACAGAAAAAUAUUUCUGAAGCAGAACACCUGAAAUGGAUCCUUGAUGUACUCCUGAAAGACAAUUCAAAAUCUUUGCUAGAUCUUAUAGUGCAACCAGAAUCCCAGGCACAAGAGGAAAUAGAUGAUCUAAAGACUGCUGUCAGACAACAGCUACAGAAAGAAUUGAUUGCUUUCUUUAAUAUACUUCUGGUCAGCUUCAUGUCCAUCACUGACAGAAAAGACAAAGAACGUACUGGCUAUUUCCGAACAGAACUAGCCCUGAAACUUCUGCAGUACCUUCGAGUAACAGAUGCGCCCCAUUUCUAUGGAUUACCUUCUUUGGAAAGAACAUUAAGAGGAAUGGUUCACGUCACUGCAUUUCCAGGCUGGAGUUCAUACUCUGUAACAAUGGAGCCCUUCAUGAUUUGUAAAAAAUACCUAGCAGGGCUUCUUGAGGUCAUUUCAUCUUUUUAUGUUGAAUGGGGAGGAAAUGCCAUGUCUUUCAUGGGGAAAGGGGUCACAAAGAGCACCAUCCUGUGUUUGCUUCACUUGUCCCAUGAAAUGAUGGCUCAGGCCCCAAAUGUGGACUGGAUAUCUCUCUGGUACUUGCCGUACGAUAACAGUGAAGAACAAGUUUGUCCUCGACAAAGCUUAGCUUGGCUGAUUCCAUUAUGGGUAGACAGAGACUCAGAGGUAAAAUUCACAUCACUUGCAAUAGGAUCGGCCCUCACAUCAGUCGAAGUAGGUUGUUUCGCUUUAGUUGAAAGCUGCCGAAACAUUUCAGGAGGCUUAUGGGGAACAGUGCUUAACAUCCUUCUAGACAAAACUGAAUGUAGCAUGGUCCGAAGAGAGGCUGCAUUUAUUCUUCAGAAUCUGUUGGUGAUCCCGUUGCCCACUGAAGAGGUUAAAGACCCCAUUUGGCAGGGACCUUGUGUGCAUGAUGAAGAAUUUGGUCUUUCUCUGACAGGAAAACCUGCCCUGCAGGCCCUAUUAUAUCAUUGCCACUUCUAUGAGCAUUUGAAUGAGAUGGUGAAAGAGUGCUACCUGGGUCGGUAUACGUUUGAUCUUCAUUGUUCCUCAGGAGACAGCCUGGCAGCAGAAAAGAAUAGCAUAAAUGACCUUGAUGACUCCCUCUCUUUCUGGAGACUCCACUAUAAUCAAACCCAGACUCCAAGUUCCCGGUCAACAUCUGAAACUCUGAUCACUUCAUCCUCGCCAUCUCUGGAGUCUGCUGUGGAGCUACAAGCACCUCCCUCACCACAGAGUAGUAGUAUGCAUGACAUGCCAGUUAAUCGACUCACGGCUCAAGGCCAGAGUGACACAACCACAACAGCAUCUUUGAGUCCACACAAUUCCCUGCAGUCUAUCAUUAGACCUAAUCAGUGUGCUGUGGUCACACCCCCUCUCCUGUCAGCUGUGUGCAGCUUGCUGGACAACCUACUGAUUGUCACUCCAGAAGACACUGGAACUGCUCUUCAGCAAGCACAUACACUAACUGCUCUCAGUAGUCUUAUAAAUCCUGGUUUGAUAGAGAGAUGUCUCUUGGACAUAAAAGCAUUUUUGCCUCAGCCAUCACAUAUGGAGUACACAAAAAUGCAGGUUCUGUUUCUACUGCAGUUUGUUUCAUCGUUGUCCCGACUACUGCAGUCUUGCUUGCUGGUAGACCCUGGUCUUGUGGUGCGGGAUGACUUACUGACACCUCUCUUGAAAAAUACAUUUGUAGUUCUUUCCAUUAGAUCAAAAGAUGGCUUAGGACCUGAGUUAUCAGCUGCUGUUCACAAAGCUUGGGAAGACUUAUUCAGAUUUUUGGCUACACUUUUAAGAAAAUGUGGCCAUACCUCUCUAGUAGCUGUGACUGCAGCUCUUUCCAAACAUUGGACAGCACUAAUAGACACAGUAUGUGAAUGUGUGCAUCUCUCUGUCACACACCGUGACCUGUACGUGACAUGCCUGCAGUUCCUUGCUGUUCUCUUUUCCGAAGAAGGGAAGAGAGAGCUCCGCAAUAAAGAGGAUAACUAUUGCCAUCCCACAGUGACUUUCCUUCUAGAUAAAGAUGAGAGAAGCCAGCCAUCUGUAACCAAACUUUCUGAAUUACUAAUUCAGAAUUAUGAAAGAACAUGUUUUGAAGACGUGAUGAAACGAGUUGCUGCAAGUGCUUUGCUUCUCCUCUUAGCUGUCAGUAGAAGAGCGCAGAAAUCUGCUUUAGAAGCCAAUCUCAUAGAAACUUGCUUGGAGCAAAUGAAACAUAUUCACGCACAACUGAACUUAGAUUCUCUGAGGCCUGGAAAAGCACUUCAGAGAAAAAAGGAUGACAAUCUCAGCAAAGAAUUAAACCUCAUCAUGCAACUCCUAAGAAAUUGCUUCUUUCAAAAUGAAGGCUGCAAAGCAGCAGCUGUUGGAAGUCACCUUAUCUCUGUUCUGCACUCUCUGUGGCCAUGGCUUUUAAUGGAUGACUCAUUGAUGCAAACAACUCUGCAUUUGCUUUGUGUCUAUACUGCAAAUUAUCCUUCAGGCUGUGCUUCUCUUUGUGUGGCAAGUGGCGGAUUGUCUCCCCUUCAGACAGCUCAGAGAACUGCAACUGGAAACUCGCUAAUGCAUAGUGUUGUGAAGUUAGCUUUUCACACUCUUGCUGAGAACAACAACAUUCAACAGAUGACUUUUAAUCUUCUGGCUAAUCUGGUUAUAUCUCAUGAUUGUAAGAAUGUUCUUCAGAAGAAUAACUUUUUGCAGAACUUUUUGUCGCUGUCAUUGCCCAAAGGGAGUAAUAAAAGCCUCAGUGUAGUGGCUGUUGCUUGGCUGAAGCUGUUGUUGAAUUUGUCAUUUGGAGAAGAUGGACAGCAAAUGAUUGUGAAGCUGAAUGGUAGUUUAGAACAACUUACAGAGCUGGCCAAGUACAAACACCGAAGUAAUCCGUGUACAAUUCUUCUGAUUCUGCACAAUACCUGCUUUAGCACAGCAAACAAAGCCAAGAUACUAGCAAAUGAUAAAGCUAUUGCAUUGCUGUCUUCCUGUCUGGAAAAUGAUAACCUUGCAGCUCGAAGAAUAGGAGCAUCUGCACUAUGGGCUUUGCUUCACAAUUAUCAAAAGGCAAAAGUGACUUUGAAGAAUCCAUCAAUAAAAAGAAGAAUAGAUGAGGCCUUCGUUUCUGCAAAGAAAAAUUUUCAGUUACAACAAGAAAGCCAGCAGGAUGCUUAUUACUUAAAAUGUCUGGAAAGCCUUGUGCAACUUCUUAGCAGUUAACAGAUGCUACGUAAACCAUCAGAGUGUUACAUAAGUGUUUUUUUUCUGAAUGACAUAAGAACCCAAAUGGACUUUUAAAUCUGACAUUUGUAAGAAAAAUGCUAAUUAUUUGGAUUAAUGAUAUAAGAUUGUGUACCAAAGAAUUCACAGUAAGUAUGCUUGUGUCUCUGGAAAACAAUUCCAGAGUAAUAUAUGAAAGGAAGUAUAGAAGGAAUAAAUGUUUAAUUAUGCCAAUUGUAAUUAUGU